UUCACAUGGUAUCACGAGCUUAGAGAAAAACCUAUUUUUUCGGUCCUCUCUCCUUCUGCGCAACCAUGUCUUCGGCCGCAGCACCCUCAGCCACAUCUUCCGCACAUCAGCCCUCUUCUCCGGCUCCAACACCGCCUCAACCGCACCGCCUCAACCGCACCCUCUAUCCCCUCUUGCAGCACUGGCAUUUCCUAGUGGCGACACCGCACCUCAGGUGACGCAACCAUCAUCAGCCUUCAUGAACGGGCAUCUCUUCCUCCUUCAUCACGUCGUUCCAGGCACCUAUGGCGACUUUAGCUCCUUUUUCGCUGUUUGACAAUCGCCCGCCCCAAUUUUCUUGGAUGCCGCCCACGUCGGCUCCUGCCUUUACACUGGGCCCCGCCGCCUUCCUUCACACAUGAGCCACCACGUCUGGUUAGUGGGCCUUAUUUCGGACCCACCUUUGCGGGGUCACCAGGCGCUUCUUCGUCCGCAUUGCCUUCUCAAGCCGAACAGUCUAAUGCAGCAGAUUUUUCUCCCAUGGCAGCCUUGGCACAAAGUAUUUCUCACGUUUCUGCCAACGUCACUCAUAUUGUGACUACAAAGCUUCAAGCAGUAGAAGAUUAUAUUACUUGGUGAACUCAAUUUGAGUCGUUUCUAGUGUCUCAAGGACUUCUCGGCAUGAUUGAUGGUUCCAUUCAGGUACCCCCAAUUUAUUCCAUAGACAUGCAAAAUAGACAAAUCUCGAAUCUUGAAUAUUCGUUCUGGUUACGCAUUGAUCAAACUAUUCAUGCUUGGCUUUUUGCUACAUUAUCUCGGGAUGUUUUAGUUGAUGUUCGUGAUGUUAGACAUUCUGUUGGAAUUUGGGAUCGUUUAGAAUCCCGUUUUAUGUCGGCUAGUUUAGCCCGCUCUAUGGAAUUAAUAAAACAGAUGUUAACUCAACUUAAAAAGAAACCUGAUCAGUUUAUGGACCAUUAUUUGAGGGAUGUUAAAAAAUUGACAGAAGCUCUUGCAAUGAUUAAUUGUUCAGUGUCUCAACGGGAUUUACUUGAGUCUAUUAUUAGGGGGUUAGGGCCUGACUAUGAAUCUCUUACUACUACUGUCUCCCUAUUUCCCCACGAAUUCCCCUUUGAGAAACUUCGAACACACCUACUUGAACAAGAACAACGGGUAUUAUAACUUAAGCAACAUGACUCUUUUAGCACUCACCAGGCAUUUGGAGCGAGUGUUACUGGUCAGAAUGCUCCGUGUCCUCCAGUUUAUGCGCCCCGAGGGAGAGGGGGUCGUGGUCGUGGUGGUCGAGGUCGUGGGGGUCAUGGCCGUGGAAGGUAGCCGCACCAGCAGCAGUACGGCCAGCAGCGCUAUGGAGCCCAACCAUAUGUUCCCCAGCAAUCGCCUUAUCAGCCAGCUCCUCCUUUGGGCCCGAGCACGCAUGAAGGCGUGGUUUUCUUCCAGUUUCUUCAGGCUUCUCUUCAGAUGGGGGUAUUCUGGGGUCUGUCCCAUCACUUAUAGUUUGUCAAAUAUGUGUCUCUGCAAGCCACUUUGCUAUUUCAUGUCCCUCACGUUUCCAUCAACCUACUGCACCAGCUUUGCUGACACCUCCAGGAGAUGCUAAUCAGGCCUUGUGGUACCCGGAUUCAGGUGUGUCUGCUCACAUGACAAGUUCUGAAGGUAUUUUGUUGAAUAAAUCUACUUACUUUGGCGCUACUUCUGUUAGUGUUGCUAAUGCUGCCCAACUUCCUAUUUGUCAUAUUGGUGAUGUUACCUUACCUUCUUCUGGCCGUGCUCUUACUCUCAGAUAUGUUUAUCAUGUGCCUCAGAUAAAAUAUAAUUUAAUUUCUAUUAAAAACUGUGUGAUGAUAACAAUUGUAUUGUUGUUUUUUUAUAAAAAUUCAUUUUUUGUUAAGGACAAAACCUCGGGAGCGGUGCUUCUACAAGCUACCAGUAGUGGGCCUCUUUAUCCUAUUAGUCUGUGUCACCCUCCUCUUGCUCUUGCGUCUGUGACAGCUCCUGGUCCCAUGUGGCAUCGUAGGCUAGGUCAUUGUAGUGACACUAUUUUGCAACGGGCAAGGAAUAAUCGCAGCAAAUACCUUGAACUUUUCAGCUAUUUGCUGCGAACAUUGGCAAAACCGCAGCGAAUAAACCUUAUUCCUUUUAUAUCUUUCUCUCUUUCUACGCACUUACUCUGUAUCAUUUAUCAAUGCCCAAAUCCCCGCCUCCCUCGAGCGGUUUCCAACAGUCCAGACCUCCUUGGCCUCUCAACCCUGCCGGCUCAUGCCUCCAGCUCCGCCGCCGCCAAUUAUAUGUGCGUCAUCGAUAACUCUAUUGCAGCCGGCUGCUCACAGUUUCUUGAGGCCUUCGAGUUUGCAUCAGUCAUCCAGAGCUAGGGUUUUGUUCUUGGAUUUCAAAUCUGCGGUUUUGGUCUUCGAUUUCAAAUCUGCUAGGGUAAUAGGAUAUUUUUAGAAGGUGCGUUUUAUUCACUUCUUUCCUAUUACAACCAGCUUAUUGACCUCUGAAGCAAUUUUCAAAUAUUUGAAAGCAUGAUACUCCCCAUCUCAAAAUUGUGUCAUGUUUGACAAACCUGGACUUCCAUUUUUUGGAAAAAGCCAUUGAAAUAUAAAACUUUCUAUGGAGUGGAGGGAAUAUUUCAUUUGUAUUAACCAUUUAGAUGAUAUUUAAUGUGCAGCAGAAUAAGCAAUUUGCCUCAGAAGGUUGAUAUGCAAAGUUCUAUCAAGAGCCUGCUACUUCCUUAUUAAGGUUACAAAUACGACAGCUAAUCAGAAGUUAAUUACUGUGUUGAUUGUUUUUUUACUGUGUUGAUUGUUAAAACAAUAAGACCACACAAUCAUGGAGAGGUUGAAGCAGUUCAGACAUUCAGGAACAUUUAGCGUAGUUGUAGCUAAAUACUUGCUGCUGGUUGUUGGGGUGGUUCUUUGAUGCAUGAACUUAUUAAGCAUCAUGGCAUUGAAUUGGAUCUCAUAUCAAACAUCAGAAGGUAGUAUCCUAUUCUGAUGUUCAUGCUUGAGUCCGAUAGUACUCCAUGUCAACUUCCUUCCCAUUUCAGUUAAUGUGCUCAAAGUAACCAAUCCCCCAAUUUACAACGUUAUAAAAGAUAGCUUAUGGUUUUAUACAGAAAAAAUAGUUUUAGAGCAAACUUUUAUGCCUUAGUCCCAAAAGAGUUUGAAGUCAGCUAAUGUAGGAGCUAAAAAUGAUAAGAAAGAUAAAUAGAUAAUAAUAAAGAUGGUAGAUACGAUAAGAUAAAAAACAUAAAAAAGUAAAAUAAAGAUAAGAUAAAAAUAAAAAGGAUAAAAAUACUAGGUAUAAGAUAAGAAGGAUAGAAAGAUAAAAAAAAUAACAAAGAUAAAAAGAAAAAAAGAUAUCAAUUCUCCACAUGAAUAUUCUCCUUGCAUAUUUGCUAAUUAAAGUUACUAAUUUUCAAACAGUGUAAUUGGACAUUUUCGCUGAAGACUGAUGACGCCUGGCUGUUUGCCACGCUACCGCUGGUUUAUCCUCUCCUUUCUUGGUCAAAUUAAGUUGCUAAUCUUUUUACAUAGUUAAAGUGACAUUAGAAGCAGCCAACUUCACAGCAAUUCAAGCUUACAACGCAUAUGUCUACUUUGUAAGUUUAGUGGUUUUUUACGGGGUGGAAAUAUGGCCAAAAUUGGAAAAAUAUUCCAUUAGUCAUGGAAAAUAGAAAGUUCUUCUCUCAGCUUUGUGGCAAGUGAUGGAGUAUAUGGCCCAGGAACCCCCGGCCCACAGACUCCUACUACUCCAAUCAAGGCCCAAUAGGCCCAGAAGGCCCAACAGGCCCAGAAGGCCCAACAGACCCAAAUCACAACGCCCAGAGUACCAAGCAGCCCACAAUGCGCACCAGGGAUGCCUUCGGCCCCCUGGCCGAAGGCUCUAGCUAUCACAGGAGGGCCAACACAGGAAAACAAAGUUACUGGGGAAAAACGGCGAAAAUCAAUAGCCCUCGGCAACUGGAGCCCUCGGCACUAAGGGGGUCCCCGGUACUCAGAGCCCUCGGCUAGUCAUCUACUACCGAGGGCGCCUCUUCCGACACAAUAUCCGCUCCACAUGCGUACAGAUCACCGUACCCUGCACAACGUCCCAUCCAACAGCCGCAUUAAAUGCGGCCACAUGCGGUUGCCAGCGCCAACCAGAUGAGGCGACCUCUCUGCCAAUGGGCGCUUGACACGUGUCCCUGUCCGGCAUUUAUUGCUACUAUAAAUAGCACCCCAUUUCCCCAUUUGUAACCAAGUCAUAAUACGCUGAAAACGCUCCACACUUUACAAUAUACUUUCUCUCUAUAUAUUUACUUGCUCUGACUUCUCUCUUGUUAUUCCCCGUAAUAACCCCUCGGAUAAGCUACCCCCCGGAUACACUAUCCAUCAGCAAGGUACAUCCAGUUGUCCAUAUGGUUUCUGCAUAUUCAUUUUUUAGGGCUACUGUUAGUUUAUCUAAUUAUUCUAUUCAAUCCUUGUUAUGCAUAUAGUGUGUAGUGAAGAGAAAAGUGGUCGGUAUAUGAGGUUGUGCAAGGAUUGUGGCAAGGUCAAAGCAGGUCUGCUAGUGCUGAAAAUACCCGGUCGCUCCCUCUUUACUUAUUAGAGUUAUUAGAGCUGAAUAAGUUGAAGCAGAUGAAGAGAUGGAGGUCUCACUUCACGGACUAACUGAGGAGAUGGAGCUCCAGGAUUCCAGGAAUAGGAAGCAAAUGAGGUGGCAUGAUACACAUGUGUGGAGCUUGGUCAGGGAAAGUAUGUUGCUGCAAGCGCCAUGUACUUUGCAAUGCAGAUAGUCGGUUGAAAUUUAUAUUUUAAGAAUGUAUAUUAAAUUUAAUUUUGUUGUUGUAUCGGAUGUAUAUGAUGUUUUUGUGAUAUAUAAUAAGUGAUAUUGUUGGUGAUUCAUGAAAUAUAUUGUUCAGUUUUUUUUUCUUUAUAAACAAGUCUUGUUAUGGUGUAAAAUUGUAAAUAUGUUUAAGUGUUUAUUGGGA